CGAAACAACUCAGGUCACUGCAUUAUGUAUGUCAUGGUCAGAAGGGGUAUUAGUAAAAGUUCUCGGACGUUACGAUGUGCUAUUUUCCACUUGCGUCCAUGAUUAUUGACAGACGGGCGAAUAUUAUUGAAAUCGCUGUUCACACGAGGAAUCGGGACGCUGUUCACGUGAGAGACCACAUGGCAGUGCGAGCAAGAGUAGUGGCCAGUGGAGAGCUGAACGAUGGCUGGCUAUGGCGCCGCUGUUUGGAGACGGAAUGAGUGGGUUGCGUCGUGCGUGUAAGGUGGGCGAGGGCACGAAGUACACAAAGUAGCUGGUGAUGAUCGGAACGAAACGGGAGUCGUGCAAGCGAAUAGCCGACGCGUGGAUCGUAGAAAGUCCUAACAGCAGACACGUAGAACCGAAUACACGAACGACACGUUGAUCGCAGGUAGCAGACACGUGGACUUGGACAGCUGGCGCACGGAUCGCGGACACCUUUGCGAAUGACGGGAUGGGAAGAAGAGGAAGGAGUGGAAGUCGCCGGUUCUGGGCGACAGACGUGCUGCUUGGGCAAGUAUUACUUCUGCUGCUGUCAAUCACUGCAGUACUAUCGUUGAAAUUGGAGAGGGAGCAGGCACAACAGCCAUCGCUACGCACAACGGGAGUAGAUGUAGCGGGGACGAUUAGGGAAGAAGAUUCGGAGGGCGGCGGUGAAGUGGGGGCGGCCACAGGCACAAGAGCGAGAGCAUCAUGGGGCGGACGUGGAGAGAUCGAACCCCUGAUGACUACUCCUUGGCAGCGAAAUCGACCAGGCGGCCGGAAGAAUCGCGGCGAUGGCGACAUGGGGACAACGACAAAGCGACGCACGACGCCAGACGGACAGCUACAGAGCGGUAGACCUGAUCAGGGCAAGGGCGCGACGGCUAAAACGAGGCAACAACUGCUGAAGGCGCUUGUGAGACGGACUGGAACCAGAGCAAUGAAUGUCGAAGCCACCGAUGCGGCAGAGAGACAGUCAUUGCUGCUGGCGAUGGUGGGCCGGAUCUCGACAAUAUCUAGGGAUAUCAUCGCCGCAUGUAACGAGUCUUCUUUGGAGAUCAGAGCGACGUCGCUUACGAGAAGCGAAGAAGGCUCGUCGUUUCUUCUCGUCUUGCUUCUCGUUUGCACUCGUGACGACUCGGCACUGGCGUACCCGCUGAGGGGUGCAUCGGAUCCCGCGAGUGUCGGAGAAGAAGACGAAGACGUUCGACGCACGAUCAAUGAGCUUUCAUCCACGAGUCGGAUUCUGGAAGAUGAGCGGGGUGUCGGUGGUGCCGGCGUCGUUGACGACGACCAUAAAAGCGGUGGCGAUGCUGAUGCUGUCAGGGCGUGGGAUAACAUCCCACAUACCGAAGAAUCCAACGACCGUCGUUUGCAAUCGCCAAUCUUGGUAUCGGCGUCUGCCUACAGAGGUGAGAUGAGCAUUACUGCAGACAUGGAUACGCAGAACAUCCCUAUACAAAGAGUUUCUCCUCCGCCUUCUCCUAAAGCUUCUACUACUCGUUCUAGUGCUGCUACUGCAGCAACCAGUGCUGCUACUUCUAGUACCACUAGAACUACUACCACCACCAAUAGUACUUCUAGUACCACUAGAACUAUUACCACCACCAAUACUACUACGGCCACCACCAGUAGCGCCAACACCCGUAGCGAUUCCGGUGCAACUUCGCCUUUAUUUUCUGCAUUGGUUUUAUUGACUAGGAAAAGCCGGAGAGGCAAUCGUGCGGAGACGGGCGUUGACCCCGAUGAAUGGGUGUCGUCACCACCGCUGCCUCUGGAUCGGCACCUGUCAGACCCGACAGCGAUCGCGAUCUCUGCCAACGGGACCGUUGCUUACGUGGCGGACGCACGUACUCGUUCUAUCUUGGCCGUUUCUCUGUCGCCGAGUGCGGAGAGGACACGCCCCUUCGGAGCUCCUGCUACCACCGUCUGGUGCGUGGCUUCGAGUCCGGAUCUGGAUGGGCCGGCUGACGUGGCGGUAGACGGAAAGCGCGAGAUACUGUAUGCGACGACGCGGAGAGGGUUGGUGGCAGUGGAUUUGCUCACGGGGCAGGCCGAGGUGACUAUGAGAGCGUGCGCGAGCGGCUGUGCUCUGUGCGCUCCCUUGGGAUCACUGGCACUGUCCUCUAGCGGCCGGUGGGGAUGGGUGGUGGACUCUUCUCGGGACGUCGUUGUACGCUUCGGUCUGUUUGCUAGUAGUAAUAGAAAGGGGACCGAGCGGGUCGAGUCGGGAUCGGAAAAGAAGCGGGAAAGGGCAAUGUCUGAGAGGGGGAGCGGUCCGGAGAAAGAGCGGGGGGGGGAUGGUGCGCGCAAUCCUGCCGCAGCGGCGAUAGCGAAAGAAGAAGGCGCACAGAAGAAGAUAGAGUCCGGAGCGCGUGCGUUGGUGGCGCUGAGCGACGAUGAUCAAGUGCUUGCCACGUGGAACGAGGCAGGUUCCCGUCGAGUCCUGUCACUGUACUCUGUUAUCGCGAAUCAAGCAAAGGGUGAGGAGGAGGAGGAGGAGGAGGAGCAUGGCCACCUAUUCUCUGUGUCCGGUACAGCAUCUUCCUCCUCUUCUCGUACCUCCUCUUCAUCAUCUUCUUAUCCUACUUCUUCCGCGGGCUUUUCCUCGGUAAUGACGAAUAUCGGUCACGGGUAUACGGAGGGCAGUGGUAAAGGCAGUAAUGAGGUCGAGAGCCGUUCAACGGGCGCAACGAAGGUACAGCAGUUGUCGUUAUUGGGCACCUGGGAUGAGGGAGAGUGCAUCAACAGCACGAACGUCAGCGCUAGCGUCAGAGGCGGAGGUUGGGAAGAAGAGGUGCUGUGCAAUGGAAGGGUUGUGGCUGUCUCCGUGGACUCGCGCGCAACGACGCGCGUGGUCAUCGCGACGCAGAGGGGAGAGUUGAUCGAAGUGACUGCUGCGCCUCUCCGCGGCAAUGGGCCGGCGGCACCCUCGGAGCUGCUAUCUGUGCUGAAGAAGCACGAUCCCGACGAAGGCAAGAUCAACAGAGUGUUUGACCGCCUGGAGACCAAAUCCAAGGAGGGCGGGGAGGAGAGGGAGGAGGAAGAGGAAAAAGAGGAAGAGGGAAAGGGGGAUCUCGAGGGGAAUGAUCGGGAGGAGACGGCCCUGCCAUGUGGCAGUUUUUUUAGCACCAAGAACGGUGUUGUGGAUGCCACCCAUCCGUCACAGUCGCUGCUUCUCCUACGGCUUCCCUGCAAAGUAACGAAUGUGACCCUGUUGGGCGGCAGCUUUGAUGUCGGCGUAAUACACAUGAUUGGGUUUUGCGCGGUCGUGUCUGCUUUGUUAAUGACAGCCUUGAUCUGGUGUCUGUGCAGAGCAAGCGCAGGCUGUACUGGGUGGUGGUACUCGUCGUCCCAUGGCUUGAGUUCUGGGCCUUGGCAGGGGAGGCAGAAAGAGACAGCGGGCAUGCGUGCAGAGGACGACGCGCAGCCCGGCGGUGAUGGACCGAGGACGCUUUAUGGUAGGCAGGUGCACUCGGGGUCGGUAUUGCCACGUGGGAGGGAGAGUCGAGGUAGAGGUGGUUGGGACAGGGGACCCAGCUUGAGGGGUGCGGAAGCUGCCGAGGAGGAGGAGGAGGGAGUUGUGUUCAAGGGCUGGAAGAUUCCGCCUGGUACACUCAAGAGGAGUAAAGAGGAUGGGAAGUGGACGCUGAUGUGGCCCAACUCUGUGCGUAUAGGUUGAAAGCCGCCUUAUUUCUUCUCCUUGCAAUUGUUGUUGUCGUGUCACGCGCAGGGGUCAUCCGUGAAGACUAAAGAGACGAGGGUGCGGACGGAGGAAGGAGUGGGGAUGCCGGUCUCGUGUGGGCCACAUGGGAAAUAGCGGACGGGAUCUUACGCGGCUUGCAGUAAGAUCGCAGACGGAUGCCUGUGCACCGUGGCGGCACUUAUAGCGUGAGCGAACUGCGGGUGCGGGAAAAAGAACAUACUACCGUCUUCCCCUUGCCCCGAACAUAACGCACGCUGAAAAUGAACGUACACAAGCCGU